AUGAGUGACAUCACUGAAAUAAUCUUAACACUGUUAUUUAUUCUCCUAGCUCUGGACCACACAGACUCUGGCCUUGGCAUGUUCGGCUGGGUGCUGGUUGGACUUUCUCUCCUGCUGGUGCUGGUCACGUUCCCUCUCUCCAUCUGGAUGUGCUAUAAGAUAGUGAAGGAGUACGAGCGAGCCAUUAUCUUCCGCCUUGGGCGCAUCCUGAAAGGAGGAGCCAAGGGACCGGGGUUGUUCUUCAUCGUACCGUGCACCGACGUCUUUAUCAAUGUGGACAUGCGAACUAUCAUCUUCGACAUCCCGCCACAAGAGGUUCUGACCAAAGACUCGGUGACGGUGUGCGUUGAUGGCGUGGUGUACUACCGGGUCCAGAACGCCACCCUGGCCGUGGCCAACAUCACCAACGCGGACGCUGCCACGCGGCUGCUGGCCCAGACCACCCUGAGGAACGCCCUGGGCACCAAGAACCUGGCGGAGAUCCUGUCCGACCGCGAGGAGAUCGCUCACAACAUGCAGGCCACUCUGGACGAAGCCACACACGACUGGGGGAUCAAGGUGGAGCGCGUGGAGAUCAAGGACGUGAAGCUGCCUCUGCAGCUGCAGAGAGCCAUGGCGGCCGAGGCGGAGGCGAGCCGCGAGGCCAGAGCCAAGGUGAUCGCGGCUGAGGGCGAGAUGAACGCGUCGCGGGCCCUGAAGGAGGCGUCCCUGGUGAUCUCUGAGUCCCCAUCGGCUCUGCAGCUGCGCUACCUGCAGACCCUCAACACCAUCGCUGCCGAGAAGAACUCCACCAUCAUCUUCCCGCUGCCAAUGGACAUUUUGCACAGCCUGAAGAGACACUGAGGGAGAACCCCCACACACACACAGACACUCAGAGACGGGUCAGGUCGGCCUUCUGCCUCUGAAAGCAGCUGUUUGGAUUUUAAAACUCCUUAAAUUGUUUUAACUGAACGAUCCAAGAAACCUCAAACCAAAUCUCCUGCUGUUAAAUCAAAGAUAAACACACAUCCACACCUAACCUGUCCUGAUGCUAUAACAGCAUUUCACCACAUUUCAGCCACACACUGCAAAAACACAAAAUAUUUACCUCCAUUCUAGUUUCUACUGCAAACAUCGUAGUACACUUGAAGUAA